AUGCACAAAAACAUCCUCUUUGUGACUCUUUUACUCACCUCAACCUUUGUUCUUUGCUAAAGACAAUAAUCUCAGGCUAGCUAACUUGUUGAAAACUUAUUACAAUUGAAGUAAUAGCUCAGUUACCUUUCAAAUGCUUAAGCCUAAUUAGCCCUUCGUUAAUUUGCAUCACAAAAUGACAUCAAUAUUGAACAAUUAUCCUAGCUCUUGAACAAAGAUCAACAGCUUUAACGUAUCCUUUAAGAAAAUAACUAAAACAACUAAGAUAACAAUCAAUAGUAAAAUGGAUAGUAGAAUAACAAUUAGAAUAAUAACUAAAAUAACCAAAAUAAUCAACAAAAUAACCAGGACAAUUAGAACAACAAUCAACAAAAUAACCAGGACAAUUAGAACAACAAUCAACAAAACAAUAACUAAAAUAACCAAAAUAAUCAACAAAAUAACUAGAACUAGAACAAUUAGAAUAACAAUCAAAAUAACAACUAAAAUAACCAAAACAAUCAACAAAAUAACUAGAACAAUUAGAACAAUAACUAAAAUGAUCAACAAAACAACUAGAACUAGAAUAACUAGAACAACAAUCAAUAGGACAAUAAUCAAAACAAUAACUAAAAUAAUCAACAAAAUAAUUAGAACUAGAACAAUUAGAAUAAUAGCCAAUAGAAUAACAAUCAAAACAACAACUAAAAUAACCAAAAUAAUCAACAAAAUAACUAGAACUAGAACAAUUAGAAUAACAAUCAAAAUAACAACUAAAAUAACCAAAACAAUCAACAAAAUAACUAGAACAAUUAGAACAAUAACUAAAAUGAUCAACAAAACAACUAGAACUAGAAUAACUAGAACAACAAUCAAUAGGACAAUAAUCAAAACAAUAACUAAAAUGAUCAACAAAAUAACUAGAACUAGAAUAAUUAGAACAACAACUAAAACAACCAAGAUAACUAAUAAAAUAACAAUAAUAACUAAUAGGACUAAUAGAACAAUUAGAAUAAUAACUAAUAGAAUAAUUAAUAAAACAAUUAGGGUAACAACUAAUAGAAUAACUAAAAUAACAACUAGUAAAAUCAAAAUAAGAACUAAUAGAAUAAAUAAAACAAUAACUAACAAGAUAACUAGUAGAAUAACUAAAACAAUAAUAACAACAACCAACAGGAUAGCUAGAAUGGCAACUAAAAUAAUAACUAGAACAACAACUAAUAGAAUAAUUAGAAUAACGGUUAACAAAAUAAUAACUAGUAACAAAACUAAUAGAACUAAUAAAACAACAACUAACAAAAUAAUAACUAAUAAAACAACUAGAACAAUAACUAAUAGAACAACUAGCAAGAUAAUUAGAAUGGCAAUUAAUAAAAUAACUAGAAUAACAACAACUAGUAAAAUAACUAAUAGAAUAAUUAGAAUAAUAACUAGUAAAAUAGCCAGAGCAAUAAUAAAAAUUGA